GGUUCUGGCAUUUCCAAUGCUCGCAGCAAGUUUCAAGGCGACGUACAGCAGGAGAAGAACCUGACCAAGGAAAGUUUGACGCUGAAGCCGCUGAUCGAGAAGGAGCUUUCCAAAGAAAACAAAGAAACGGUGAAAGCGCAGAUCGACGUGUUGUCUCAGAUGGCCGACCCCGGCAGUGCUCUGUCCGUGGAGAAGCUGGAGGCGAGAGCGAGACAGCUAGUGGGGAAGUUCGAGAACGCGGUCAAGCCCGCUUUAGAGAAGCAGGUGCAAGAGAAAGUGGUCAACCCAACGGUGGUUGGCAGGUUGAACAAAGUGCGGAAAGUGAAUGAAGCGGUCGGGAAAAGGGCCUCGAAAAACGUCGGGGAGAGGAAGGGCUCAGUGUUGGAGGAUUGGUGACUCAGUUGCAGCCGCACUUGCAGAAGAAAGGGGAGGCAGUUAUUUCUCAGAUAGCCACUGGCUCCGUCUGAACAUUCUUUUCAAGCACUCAUCCGAGCGGGCUUUAUAUCUUAGUUUCAAAAGCAUUUCUACGCUGCAUUAUGCUCCUGUCGUUUCGCUUUGAGUUUGAACGUGACGAACGCUACACGAAUUGUGUUUUCUUUUCCGACUUCACCAUCAGCUUUCAUGGGUACGCCGCCUGCCGCAACCGCC